AAGAUUCUUUAUUUGUUUCAGAAUUUACCAAAACGAACUAGAACCAUUUCCUUAAUGCUGUGAUAUUAGAUUAAAUAUUUCGCCAGAAUGGAUCCAAUUAGUGCCAGUUGUUUCAGUUUGCAUAUUCAAGAAAAUGCCAAAGCCAUUUUGGAAGAGAAAAAACGUGAUGAAAAAUUCAACGAAAUUAUAGUUAGUUGUAAAUCAUUGAGUCAUUAUGAAGGAAACACCUUCAAAACCCUUGUACCACAGGUUAUGGCUGCUUUCAUCGCAGCAGCAUACCACAUAGCCGUAGGAAUUUCUCUAGCUUACUCAGGAAUUUUAAUACCUGCCUUGGAUCGAAAUGAUACUAAUGACACCGGUGAUGACGAAUUGCGAGCAUCUAAAUCCGAAUGCUCUUGGAUAGCCAGUGUCGUGGUUAUCGUUGUUCCACUGGGUGCAAUCAGUGGCGGCUUGAUAAUGGAUUCAAUGGGGCGCUUGAAUACGUUAAAAUUAGCUACUAUACCAUCCGUGAUAGGUUGGUCAAUGAUUGCAAGUGCCCCGAAUAUUCCAAUGAUCAUUUUAGGAAGGCUUCUUGUCGGAUUCGCUACUG